UUGGUGUACUGCAACAAUGCGGCGGCGCGCCUCACUCGAUACUCGGUGUCGGAGAUGCUCGGCCGCAGCUGCCGCUUUCUCCAAGGGCCGGACACCGAGGAUGAGGCCGUCGGUCGGCUUAGUGCGUCCCUCCGCGCGGCCGAAUCCGCCUCAGUCGAGCUCACAAACUAUCGCAAGGACGGCAGCCAAUUCAGGAACGCCCUCUUCCUGCAGCCCGUGCAUGACAGCUGUGGGGCGUGCCGCUACGUGAUUGGCCUGCAGGCGGACGCCGCCGAC